AUGAAGAAGAAGCGCACGACUCCCGCGAAGAACAUUGUUGAUACCGGCGAAGAGGGCCCUUGCACACCCGCAAAGCUUAAGGAUGAGCUCCGGCGAAGCGCACGGAAGAGGAGGCGGGAAGAAAGGGCCCAAAGGAGGGAAUACUCUGGAAAAAAGAAGAAGAGGUCGAAAACUUCAAGCCCACACUUCGAUAUCAGGCCCGAGGAUGCUGUGGUGCUAAGCCAGAAAGGCAAGGGUUUAGCUGAAGGAGAGGGAGAUACCCAGCUGAAAGAGGGUGGAAAGGCGGGCGGCAGUGAUGAAAGUACACCUGCGGAAAUUCCGACAGUCCGGAUUCAGGAUAAGCCCGAGGAGCCAUUAAUAACUGGGUAUACUUCACCGCCACGCAAAAAGAAGGGAAAGCCUAUAGGUAUCAAAAGGACCAAGAAAUCAAAAACGACGAGCCCGCACUUCGAAGCCGAGCCUAAAGCUCUUCAUCAACCUAAAAUAGGAACGAGGAAAGUGAGGGUCCAAAAAUCAAACUCAGCACAAACAGUGACAAACACUACCGACCAAACUACACUAAUAUCCAAGCCACGGAGAGCAAAACCCAGACCUAAAAAAAGCGAAACAUCAGGAAUCAAGAAGGUCAAAAAGCCAAAAGCCAAAAGCCCCUGUUUCGACGCCCAGACCAAAGCCCUGCUCGAAAUAAUAACAGAAAACAUGCCCCAAGAAACACGGGCUAAGAAGGUCAAGAAAUCGAAAUCGACAAGCCCUCAUUUCGAAGCCAAGACCGAACAUCCGUCUGCGACGGGGAAAACAAGGUCUAAAAAGUCGAAGUCGGCCAGUCCACAUUUUGAUAUCAAGUCCGGGGAUGCGCCGGGGGGGGUAGUGAUGAGCCAGAUUGAUGACCCGUCUAAGGCGAUUAUAGAUAGUGCCGAGCAGGAGCAGGCUUCGAUAUCGAAGCCAAGGAGGACCCACUUAAGGGCAAAGGUUGUAUCAUAUAUAGAGCAGAGCGAAGAAGAGCCCGAAGGAAAGGAGAAAAAGAAGCGAAGAAUGUGGAAGACUAGAGAGGAAAUAGCGUUAGUAGAAAAACAAGAGCGAAAAGAAAGGAAGAAGACUGUUCGACGAGUUCAAGCCGGUAUAUCAACGGCAAUCUGGCCGCCGCUGAGCUCAGACAGAUUCGGUCUGAUCCAGGAAGAGCUCAAAGGAGACGCUUUCCAUCUAAUCGUAGGAACAACCUUUCUAAACCGAACCCGGGGUUCCGUCGCUAUUCCCCUCCUUCGUCAAUUCCUCCGCGACUACCCCACUCCACAUGCCCUCUCCCUCGCCCCCCUCACCAAAACCAGUACGUUCUUGCAGCCCCUCGGCCUCUACAAUGUCCGCGCCACACGCCUUCACAACCUCGCCACAACCUGGCUUACCGCCCCACCCAUCUUCGGCCAGGCCACCAAAAAGUAUAACUAUCCCCCACGCGACACCAAGCCCUUCCCCUCCUCACUGCUCCCCAAUAACGGUGUGGAGCAGGGUCGUUGCUGGGAGAUCGCUCAUUUACCAGGCGUGGGCGCAUAUGCGCUGGAUAGCUGGCGUAUCUUUUGCAGAGAUGAGUUUCGGAGGGCGGCGGGCGAGAGAGUGGAGGUUGGGCAGGAAGAGUGGAGGAGUGUGGUUCCGAUGGAUAAGGAGUUGAGGGUCUAUGUGAGGUGGAUGUGGGCGAAGGAGGGCGUGAGGUGGAAAGAGCCCGGCGAUAUACAGCAGACGGCGCUGAGUUCGCCGUUUUUCGAAAGGGUGGAGGAUGGUAAGGUGGUGGAGAUAGUGGAAGAUGGUGGGAGUUAUGGUGGGAUUUAG